GGCCGGCUGCAUUUCUACGACGCACGCCGCGGACCCUCUGCUUCCGCUUCCUUCUCUCGCACACGGGCCUGCGUACCGGUGCAUCCGAAGGUGCUCUCUGCUGAUGCUGUCAGGGCCGCGGCCUCAGGAAAAGACUAAAAUUAGACAGUGAGAAAAGAAAAGAGAAGCCAUGUUUCGAAGACCUGUAUUACAGGUGCUUCGUUGGUGUGUGAGACAUGAGUCUGAAAUAGCUAGCAAUUUCGUCCUGGAAAGAUCUCUGAAUCGCGUGCAGUUACUGGGCCGAGUGGGUCAGGACCCCGUCAUGAGGCAAGUGGAAGGAAAAAACCCAGUCACUAUAUUUUCUCUCGCAACCAAUGAGAUGUGGCGGUCGGGGGAGAGCGAGGUGUACCAAAUGGGUGACGUCAGUCAAAAGACAACGUGGCACAGAAUAUCAGUAUUCCGACCCGGCCUCCGAGACGUAGCGUAUCAGUAUGUGAAAAAAGGGUCUCGAAUUUACGUGGAAGGGAAAGUAGACUAUGGUGAGUACACGGAUAAAAAUAACGUGAGACGACAGGCGACAACUAUCAUAGCAGUUAUCAGCUGCUGUCUGCUGUUUCACCUGUGCUUCACGUACUUCUCUGGUACCCGGGCUAUUUUGAAGCAAAUCCCAGACAGCACAUCAUUUCAUCCGUAGAUAGUUCAGUGAGUAUCUCUAAAAGGUAAAGGUUUAUGAACACAUAGCUACAAUGCUAUUAUCUAAUAUUAUGUAAUAUUAAGAAAUUUUGUUAAUUAUAUUUACCAAAUAUUAUAAUGUUCAAAUUCCCCUCAUUGCUUUAUACAUUACAUUGUUUUACAUGUACCUUAAGGUCUCUUUUCAUCUAUAGAUUCCCCCUUUAUCUCUUUCCGCUUGUUCAGAGUUCAUAUCUUAUUCACUAUGCCAAAUUGAUAAAUCAUAAUUAUAAUAUGUAUUUUCUUACUGGUAAAUUUCUUGGGACAUAGGUUGACCUUGAAAACCAACAUAGGUAUCUUCUGUCCUUCAUUAUCAGACCUUAUGCUAGUUCUUCCUUUCAAUUUUGCUUUCCUACUUCUUGAGUGUCUUGAGAGUAAAUCAUUUCCUACCACCCUGUCCUUCAUUUGGGCCGUGUUGCCAGAAAUAGCUUCUUGAAAUAGAUGAAUAUCCAGACCUCUAGAUGGUGUAGAACCACACCUGUAAUUUCAGCUGUGGAAAAUCAAGCUCACUGACAAAGUAGUUGACGUUUCUGAAUCUCUCUAGAUGCUUCAUGUAUUCAGAAAGCCCUUCCCACUUUCAUUCCACCCUAAACCAUGUGGGUGGGCUGACUUUGGAGUUGGUAGGGAUAAAGCCAAGUGGAAACAGUUCAGGUUAUCUGCUGUUUUGUGUUUUUCUUGUCACCAGCUUUCACUAGCAUGGGUGACUGGGCAAACUAUAGGUUUAUGGCUAAUAGUAAAAGUGAACAGAUCUGCAGUGACAUUUGCACUGAAGACAAAAGAAUUUAAUUGGGUUGCCAUGUUUUCUAGGCCUUCGGUUUCCUUAUAGGGAUCAUGUCUGUAACUUAAAAAUAUCCACCAGUGGAUGGCGCUCUUGCCUUGUUACACAAAGGUGCCAAUCUAAUACUCUCCUCUGAAGUGACCUUUCUGUGGCAACAUACUCUUCCAGAAGACUAUAGACAUGAACAGAUACUCAGUCAUAUCCUAUAGUACUAAUCACUUUCUGUGCCAACAUACUAUUCUUCCAGAGGACUGUGGCAUGAACAGAUACUCAGUCAUAUACUAUAGUACUAAUCACUUUCUCUGCCAACAUACUAUUCUUCCAGAAGACUGUGGAUAUGAACAGAUACUCAGUUAUAUACUAUAUAGUAAGAAUUUUCAAGUUAUAAGCAUCUAGAUCUUUUGGAUAUAUACAGGACAUACUACUUAAUGUGUUUCCUUUGCUCAUCCUAAACAAACCUCCUCUGGGACAGCAUUUUAAGAGCAAUGUCUGCUGUUUUUGGAUAAAAAUCCUUGCUGUAUAAUACUGAUUAGUAGAAGUUUCCCAAGAAUGAAUAUGUAAAAGUCAUUCUAUUUUAAAAUUGAAAAAUAAGUUUCUUCAAUAUGAGUUUUUACACUUACUUAAAAAUGUAAAAAUCUGUCACUGAUAACGGGAACACACGCUGAUCCCACCUUUUCCUCCGUACCUCCAGAGCACGGAAUGGUACCUGUUGGGCCUCAUCAGUGUGAGGCUGUGCUGCCUGCUUUAAGCACUGAAAUCAUCCAGUUCUGUGACCAGUGUUUUUGCAGGAAGUUGUUGCUUGGAAAACCUUAUCUUGACUUCCUUAAGGGAAGGCAAGCAAUAGCCCGCCGCAUCUAAUAAAGUCUGAAUUUCUGGCCAAACAGCUGUAUCCCAACUCUUAGCUCCAUUUAUGCCUGCUGUGUAUACCUCUGAUGAAUGUAGCAAGGGUUUUAGAGAAACAAAUUCUCAGAUUCUCUAAAAUCCCUUUAGCGACCAGCACUGAAGUUUGUAUGUGUUAGAGGGGAGUGAUUACGUGGGAUAGAGAAAGAGUUCUGAAAGUAAUGCUUCCUCUUUGGCUUCUUCACAGAUAACAUUAUAUUUCUGAGUGACCAGACAAAAGAGAAGGCAUAGCGUGGACACGUCUUCUUUGGCCAUUGUUUGGUACAGUCUCAUUUCCAAAUCAUGUGUGGUCUUUAUAGGACAGAAAUUAAAAUAUCAUUUUAUAGAAAAUGAA